AAGUUCAUUUACUCGGCAGCAAAGAGGCCAUUCACUCUCACCAAUUCAAGUACUCUUUCAUAACAAGCACGUGACGAAAUAGAUUACGCCGGAAUUUACACAGUCGCCAUUUUUGCUUCAAAGAUAAACCUCAAGUUUGGGGUCUAGCAAUCGUAAGCGAUCCUAAGCGCAAUUUCCUAUUAGGCUUCUCAAGGUUGGCGGGCGGUAUAUCGACAAUCCUGACAACGCUUUUCAGACUGGUUGCCUAUGCAACGACGGACUGCACUACUGAAUUCAUCACAGGCCCUAGUCGUGGAAGGACCACCGGGUAUUCACAUCUAAAUGGUGGCGUGGCGUCAACAAUUCAACUCUUUAUCAAAAAACAGUUUUUCGUACGCACUUCAAAAUAUCUUUCUGUUUAUUAAGGAAAUCCUGUCUUCUCCAGAUAGUCUUACUUUCAAACGAAGACUCAAAAAAAGAUUUUCUUGUCAUCGAUCGUAUAGUGUUACCGUUUGCCUACCGAACCUUUCCCACACCCACUGCUACGCGUGUUGCCGGCCUACUCCAGUACUAUGUGAUCGACCAACUCUGUCAAUCUCUCACUCAUCGCGCAGAAGGUCUUCCAGUGACAGCUUUCUCAUGUACCAAGUUUGUGAUCGGUGGGCCUUUAAGCCACUCGCUGUUCCGAUUUUUACUUCAUCCACACGUGGUUCGGGUCCGGUUCACCCCUUUCGUUGUUAUUUGGGAAUAAGCUUGUCUGACCUGACAUCUUUUUGCAACACAAUCUUUAUCUCGGAUGCUCUCUCCCUCGAACUAGUCGGGCAAAUUUUUGUUAUUACAUCUGUUCCCGCAUAUACAAUAGCUUGAGCUGAAAAAUCUAAGAGCACUUUUGCUGCAAGCAGGGGCAUGG